ACAGAUGGAGCCACUAAUGACUUUGGUGAAUUUUCAGCUGUCACUUGACAUUGACUCAGCUUCCGCUUUGCCUCUUUCAUUUUUGCUUUCCGUGAAUAGGGAGAUAUUUCUCUAACAAACGCAAACAAAAUGUCGCUGGUUAUUCCCGAAAAGUUUCAGCACAUCCUCCGUAUCAUGGGUACAAACAUCGAUGGUAAACGUAAGGUGACCAUCGCGAUGACUGCCAUCAAAGGUUGCGGUCGUCGGUACGCAAACAUUGUCUUGAAGAAAGCCGAUGUCGAUCUAACUAAACGAGCUGGUGAAUGUACCGAAGAGGAGGUUGAGAAAAUUAUCACAAUCAUCCUGAAUCCACGUCAAUACAAAAUUCCAAACUGGUUCCUGAACAGACAGAAGGACAUCAUCGAUGGCAAAUACACACAAUUGACAUCGUCCAAUUUGGACUCGAAAUUGCGUGAAGAUUUGGAACGAUUGAAGAAGAUCCGUGCCCAUCGUGGUAUGAGACAUUACUGGGGUCUUCGUGUCCGUGGUCAACACACCAAAACAACCGGUCGUCGGGGUCGCACCGUUGGUGUGUCGAAGAAGAAGUAAAAUUACAGUGGAAACCAUUUUGCUGUUCUUUUCGUGGAUUUGAGGAUAUUUUUCAAUAAAAAGAAAGUUUUUUCCAAUCCGAAAAC